UUUUUUUAUUGGACUGGGGAUACUCAAGCAUUUUUCAGAAGUGUAAUAUAUUUUACUAUCAAAUCCAAAUCUACCUAUUGGCACCCAAAAAUUCCUCGUUGGCUACAGGUGGCGUCGACCGGUCUUCCCCGUCUCUGUCUCUCGAUCUGUAACCGCACUUUCGACUCCUCUCUUCUCUGCUCUGCUCUCUGCAGUUUCUUCCAGUUUCCAGUUUCGAAUUUGCCCUCUUAGUUUGUUUCCACUUCUUCUGGGUAGCUCGGCUACGAGUUCAGAUAACUGUUUUUGGGUAUUCUUUGUUACUGCAAUUUAGGGUUCUUUCAUUUCUCCUUAAUAAUUCCACAAAUAUAUUUUUAAUCUCCCAAUCUUUGGUUUUUUGGCCUUUCAAUGGAAUAGACACUUUUGGGUCCUUGAGAUAUUUUUUUUAUGCCAAAAAUUUCACCUUAAAUUAAGGUAUCUUGGUUAUUUUUUCCAGUUGUCAUUUUGAGUUUUGUUGUAUUUGGGUUAAUUUUUCCUAUCUUGUUCUGCUCUUUUUUGCAGUUAUCAUUUUGAGGGGGUCUGGGGCAGAGGGCAUUUGUCAAUUUUGGGUACUUGAGAUGCGGGGUUUUUCUUCCAAAACCUUUUCAUGUUGUUUUUUGGGUAAUUGGUUUCAAUUUUUGUUAUCUAAUCUGUUAUAAUUUCUAUAGUUCUGUGCUUGCGGGAAUCUUUUGGGUGUAAAAGUUACUAUUGAUUCAUUUCUUACUCGCAAAGUUAGGGACUCUUUUGAAUUUUUGGAAUAAUAUUAGGCAGGAGUCGUCCUCCUGGCCAUAUUUGCAGCCAAAGGUCCUGCAUCAAUGGAGAAUAGGCCAACAAUGAUUGGCCCUAAAGGCCUAAUCAAGAAACAUGAAUUUGUAAGGAUUAUUAUUCAAUGUCUUUAUUCUCUGGGUUUUAAAAAGUCAGCGGCUUUGUUGGAAUCGGAGUCUGGUAUUUCAUACAAAUCUGUGGAAUUAGGAUUGCUUGAAUCUCAAAUUCUGAAUGCAAAUUGGGAUACUUGCAUUGACACACUUCAUGGGCUUAAGGAGUUGACGGAUGAAACAAGAGCUUCGGCAUUGUUUCUCGUGUGCAGACAAAGCUUUUUGGAGUAUUUGAUUCGCGGGGAUGAUUCUUCGGCUUUGUCAGUUCUACGCAAACAGAUUUCUGCAUUACAUGUGGGUAGAGAGAAGGUUCACAACCUUGCUUUUGGAGUUCUUUCGCUCAAGGAGAUGGGCUUGGGUAAGGUUGAUGAUGAUGAUGUUGUCAUUGAAUCACGGAAAAAAUUGUUGACUGAAAUGGAAAAAUUGCUUCCACCUCCUAUAACACUUCCGGAUAGGAGAUUGGAUCAUCUGGUUGAAAUGGCUGUUAAUGGCCAAAUAGAUUCAUGUAUGUACCACAACUCGUUUGAUUCAGUAUCACUCUACGAGGACCAUCUAUGUGGUCGAGAUCAGAUUCCUACAGAAACCAUUCAGAUUUUGCAUGACCAUAAGCAUGAAGUUUGGUUCGUCCAGUUUUCCAACAAUGGGGAACACUUGGCCUCAUCAUCAUGUGACUGCUCGGCCAUUAUAUGGAAGGUGCUGCAAGAUGGUAAGAUAACAUUGAAACACACACUACGAAGCCACCAAAACCCAGUGUCCUUUGUAUCAUGGAGCCCUAAUGACACAAUGUUGCUCACGUGUGGAAAUGGGGAAGUCCUCAAACUGUGGGAUGUGGAAACAGGUACUUGCAAGCACACAUUUGGGAAUCCUGGCUUCACGGUUAGCUCAUGUGCUUGGUUCCCUGAUUCAAAGCGACUUGUCUGUGGCAGCUCCGAAGCAGAAAAGGGCAUCUACAUGUGGGACUGUGAAGGUAAUGAGAUUAAGGCAUGGAAAGGGACUAGGAUGCCUAAGAUUUUGGAUCUUGCUGUGACACCAGAUGGACAAAAUCUUAUCAGCGUAUUUUCUGACAAAGAAAUUCGGAUAUUAAAUGUGACAACAAAUGCUGAGCGAGUCAUCUCAGAGGAGCACCCGAUCACAUCCCUUUCCAUAUCAGGGGAUAGUAAAUACCUUAUAGUCAACCUUAACAGCCAGGAGAUCCAUAUGUGGGAUGUUGCUGGGAUAUGGGUGAAACCCUUGAAGUAUGAGGGUCACAAGCAACACAAGUAUGUGAUACGGUCCUGCUUUGGUGGGUUGAAUAGCACAUUUAUUGCCAGCGGCAGUGAGGAUUCACAGGUCUACAUCUGGAACCGGCGAAGUUCUAAUCCAGUUGAGGUCCUUUCUGGCCAUUCAAUGACUGUGAAUUGUGUGAGCUGGAACCCUAAGAGGCCUCAGAUGUUAGCAUCAGCAAGUGAUGAUCAAACAAUUCGUGUAUGGGGACCAAGCCGUUCUAAGAAUAAGAAGACAGCUUGAGAAAACAGGGAAUUGAGAUGUGCUAAAUAUGUGUAUAUAUAUAGCUUUUCUUUCAUUCUAAUUUUAUUGGUUGGUGCAUUUGUAAAUAUGUGGGUUCAAUUUGUUUCGUCUUUCCAAAUUUUGGCACAUAUCUGUCCCUUGUAAAUCUUCAUUUCUUGCCCAUGCUUUUUUCC